UUUAAGUUGACCUGACAACGUUGACUAAAUCACCACUUCAUGAUACAAUAUUAAUUAUUGGAUAUUGGUUGGCCUUGGGAGUUCAGACGGCUUCAAAGUUUUAAAUAUGUCAGGAUUUUCAUUUGGGAAGCCCUCAACCACUAGUGCUUUUGCAUUUGGGUCGUCUCCUUUCGGCGCAUCUGCUGGAACAAAACCAACAUUUGGAGUUAGCACAACUACAACAUCAUUAUUUUCUCCAGUUGUUUCAUCAAAUCCAAAUACUGCUGUAUGCAGCUCUUCACUCCAAAACCCUUCUUCUCUUUCCUUGACAUCUACUGGAUUCGGUACAGUCGCAACCACUUCAAAUGCUUUUGGUUUGUCAUCAUUCGCUAGCUUAGCAAAACCAUCUACAACGGCAUCUACUUUUGGUAUUUCUACCAUCACUGGUUUGGGAACAAACUCAAAUGUCACAUCAACCUCACAAUCCGCUCUCAAUCAGCCAUCAGCUAAUCCUUUACCUAACCUCUUAAAACCGGCUACUACGACUAGUAAUGUUGGAAGUCCGUUCACUUUCGGACUGACUACCGCUGUUACCACUCAAAGUGCAGUAACUCCUUCUCCAAUCAGUUUUGGCACGUUUUCUUCUACGACUGUGUCUACUGGGGCUUCCACGGCCUCUAUUGUAAAUGUCAAUGCAAGUCAGCCGGCCAUACCUAGUAGUAUUGGUUUUGGUGUAUCUUCCGCUUCACUAUCAUCUUCAGUGUUAACAUCAACAACAGCAACAACGGCAAUGACAUCUUACAACUUUGGAAACCCUAGUCUCUCCACAUUGGCUAAAUCAACAGCGGCUUCUGGGUUCGGAACGUCAUCAUUGGGGAUUGCAACUCGAACACUAGGUGAAACAGCAACGACUGCAGCAGCAAUAACUACAUCAUUAUGCGCUACUAUCGCAAUAGCAACCACUUCUAUUCCGUCUGCCACUACCACAUCUAGUGUAUCUGUCACAUCCUCCCAAACUCUUACUUACAACCAGUUAGAAGAAUUGGUCAAUAAAUGGACUCUUGAACUUGAAGAACAAGAAAGAUAUUUCUUCGAUGAAGCAGAUCGUAUUAAUCAAUGGGAUCAGACUUUGAUUUGUAAUGCGGAAAAUAUAACAGCUAUGUACAAAAAGGUAGAAAUGUGUCAAUGUGAACAGAGUCGUCUUGAGCAGGAAUUAGAUUUUAUUGAGGGUCAACAACGUGAAUUGGAAAGUUUACUAGAACCACUAGAACGUGCAGUGAAUGAAUUGCCACCCGGUCAGUUACAUUCAGAUUAUGAACGUGAAGCUAUAUUUCAAUUGGCUACAAAUGUCGACUUAGAAUUAGGUCAACUAUUGACUGAUUUACGUGAAAUAGCCGAUCAAACAAAUACCACUACAAGGAAUGUUACUACUGGUUUCAAUUCAUCGGAUAAUAGUACAACUACUACGAAUACAACUAAGGAGAAUACCAUGAUUAAUGGUAAUAAUAAACUAACUUCAUCAAAUAACGGGGAUAUUAUGAAUCAAAUUACGCGUAUUCUGAAUUGUCAUAUGCAUUCACUCAAUUGGAUUCAUCAUAACACACAAGAAAUCAUGGAUCGUUUAAAGGUGUUAAAUGGUGUUUCAUAACAAAGUGAUUUCAGUUUAGAUUAUUCAUUGUCAAUAAUAAAUAUGUAUAUGAUUAUGUUUUUUAUUGUUAUUUAAACAAUAAAGACUAUUUUGACAUACUUA